AUGGAUCUAUGUCGGAUAGAAUCGAAUAGAGAUUGUAUACACGGCGACUACGUGAAAGUGUUCAUGCACUUGGAUAGCGCCGCCGUGAACGAAUACACCCCGUGGGAGACGUUGCUGUGCGGGAAACUCGGAGAAAUUCCCACCAUGCUGUAUUCCUCCGGUCCCGGACUGGUCCUGGAAUUCCACUCCAGUUUGCACACCGGCAAUUCGAGUGGCUUUUCCGGCACCUUCAGAUUUAUCGAUAAAAUGGUUUUGGAGAUAUGGCAGUGUUUCAUUCUGAUUCUGGCACCACCAGAAUCGCUUGUCGUCAUUCCCAAAUCUCCUGGUGACGAUAAGGGGUACACACUCAAGCCUGGCACGGAGAAUGAAUCUCCUGUAAUAGAACCUCGUUGCAUAGCCACGUUGAAGAAAAUGGUUCCUAGCUGCGCACUUGGAGAAUCAUAA